AUGACUGCAACUGAGGAACAAGGGAAACAAGAAGGGGAGAAGCUCAGCAGCGUCUUGCCAGGGUCAGAGCUGUUGGCCAUACCCGGAUUUGACUUUCAGCGCGCGAGCAUCACUUCAGCGGCUUUGAGCGAUGUGCCGAGUGAUGUGAUUAUUAAAUCUCGGAUUAGAUAUGGCAGUCGUCUGUCCGCUUGCAAGGGUCUCCUGCUGGAGUACUCGAAGAGCACGACUAUUCACGGCAUACGCUAUAUAUUCGAGGUGCAUCGACCCAUUUACGAGAAAUUAUACUGGCUAGUGUUGACGUGCACUUCCGUCUACUUUGCGGUCUCACUUAUUUGGGCAACAUACCUUAAGUGGCAGGAUUCUCCAGUGAUUUUGGGUUUUGAUGAGACACUCGUUCCUGUGUACAAGAUUCCCUUUCCCACCAUUACAAUAUGUCCUGAAAUCAAAAUGGAACGCAACGUUUUUGACUAUGCUAAUAUAUCGCGACUGAUUUGGGAUAAAUACCAGCAGAACGAGGACUUCUCCGACAUUAACGAAGAAGACUUGCAACGCAUGGCUGCCACAAUGCACAUUUGUGACUCGGAUGUGGCAACCAGAUUUGCCCCUUUCCUGUCGAAUCUACGCUCUGGCUUACCGCCACUGGAUGUGUCAGAAACUCUUGUGGAUUUAACCAUUUCGAAGAAUGUGACGGGUCCAUUUUGCAGAUGGAAUGGACGUUUCUAUUUCUGCAAUAAAAUAUUCGACUUUGUGGCCACCGAUGAGGGUAUUUGCUAUCAGUUUAAUGGACUUCGACCCAAGGAUAUAUAUCGAGAUGAACGUUUUGUCAGCUACAUUGAUCCGGAUGUGGUUAGCUUUGACGAUUACUUCGAUGUCGAUUUAUCUCCUCUCAAUAAUAUUACCGGAAAUUGGUCCUUGGAUACGGGCUAUGUCGAUCAGGGACAAAAUUCGUAUCCUCAGCGAACAAUUGCGUCGUCAGUGCGGAAUGGAUUCUUUGCAUUUUUGCAGGGCCUCGAGCAUAACUAUGACUACGACUGUCGCAGUUUUAAGCAGGGUUACAAGGUAUUCCUCAACUCACCAGAGAGUGUGCCGCUUACCUCAAAUAAUUACAUACUUGUUCCUCAUGGUCAUGAAGUUAUGGUUGGUGUGCUGCCCAAUUAUGUCGUGUCCACAAGUAAUUUACACGAAAUUAGCGCCGAAAAGCGCCAGUGUUACUUCGAUGAUGAGCGCGCUCUUCGCUACUUUAAAGCUUACUCGCAGAGCAAUUGCCAGACCGAAUGCUUGGCCAACUAUACCAUGGCCAAGUGUGGUUGCGUCAAGUUCUGGAUGCCCAAGCCCUUGGAUGUUCCAGUUUGUGGUGUAGCUGGAAUAGCCUGUUAUAAUGCCGCACAGGAUGAACUUAAUGCCUUGCUACAAAAUCAGACCAUGCAGAAGACUAUAAAUCCUAAUGUCAAGGUUAUGUGCGAUUGUAUGCCAGCCUGCACAUCGCUUGAAUACAACUUUGAAAUCUCCCGAGCUGAAUUAAAUUUUAAAAAAUCUCUUAUAGCGUUUCGGAAUACGUACAAACGCACUGAGUGAGUAUAUAACAGUAUUAAAUAAAAUAAAUUAAAGACUUUUACAAUACACGUUGUUUGCAGUGCUGUCGCCUCUCGUCUGACUGUCUACUUCAAGGAACAACAGUUCACUGCCAUUAAGAGAACAAUCCUCUUGGGUGUAUCAACGUUGUUAUCCAAUUUCGGAGGCAUAUUAGGAGUGUUUAUGGGCAUCUCCGGCUUGAGCUUCAUAGAACUGGUUUAUUUUUUCUCGAUGCGCAUUUGUGGAAGCUGCAGAGAUCGUCGAAAGCGUCAGGCCAUUCGUCCGAAAUUCCCAGAGGACAAACAAGAAAAGGAAAAAUUUUGAGCUGCAAUGAAAAUCAAAAAAUAUUCCGAUAUAUAUGUUAACAUAGAAUUAUAAUUCUUUUGUUUUGAGGUGUGACUUUAUUUCAUAUUCGAACGGUCUGGUCAGCAGAAUUUUUCCUUAUUAUAUUUGAUAUUUAAAUUUCUCUUAUAUUGUCCAAAUAUUUAAUAGUUUACUAGCGUGCUGUGACGUUGAAAUCACCCCAUGGGUUGAAAUAAUGCAAUUUUGUGGCGACCCGGAAUUACAUUUAUAUGGUAAGGAUGCAAAUUUCAUAGAACGCUGACAGGGGUAAUGAAAGCAGCUGCAGCAACACAACCAGAAGCGUUGUCGCGACUGACCCCAAAACCAACACCAACAUCAACAGCAACACCAACAACUCAAACUGUGGAGCAUAACGAGAGAAUAACCAAUACGAAAACCAGAACAAAAACCAAAACCGAACAUCAGGGAAGAGCACAAUAACCGAAAUUAUAGCCGCUCUAAUGAGCAGUGACAAAACCGAAAGAGUGCACAAAUGUGGUGGCGGAGGGCGAGGCGGGGUGACCUGACAGCAUUUAGUAGGCGUGGCAACCGCAGGCAGCGCCACUCGCCAAAAUCGUGCAAAGUGAUUUUGGCCAAAGUUAAAGAGCUUUUUACCGUUGCCUGCAGCUUCAGCUGCAAUGCCAAUGGCCAUGGCAAAAAGCCAUUCCCAUGACAAAAUGGGCAUAAAAGUCACGUUUCGUUUGGGAAAGCUUUACAAAUUAUAAUGCCAGUAAGACUGGCUGUAAAUGAUGUCAACUCGCAACGACAACGUCACACUCACACACACAAGCCUUUGUACAUACAUCCCAGAAUGUGUCCCGUUAAUUGUGUGUAAAUUAAGUACUCAAGUAUUUGAUGCAGUCCGAGAAUAAAUUUAUGCUAGCUUAUUAUUUGGGUUGAGUU